GUUUCUUCUUGCCCAGCUGUUGACAUCGUGCAAGACUGUGGUGAUCCCCAAAGGGUAGACCUUCCCUACAGACAUAAUUGUUUUCAGAGGCUUUAUGGGUUUUGCCUCAGUGAGAUGUUGGUGUAAAGGUGAAGGAGCAGACUCCCAAGCUACAGUCCCAGUUUAUAAACAAUGGUAGAAGGACCCAGCCCAUUCUAAUCAAUAUUUCAUCUGAUUAUUGGAGGCUUCUGGAGUUGGUAGAGUGUCAGAGUGCAUACAUGUAAGCGAGGCUGCUUCAUUGGGUUGAGCUGCCCUAGAGAAAGCUUUUGUGGAAAAUUACACAAAAGAAUCCCUAAUUUUGUGUGAAUGUAGCUAAGAGCUCUAACCAGACUUUCUACCUUGAGUGCAUGAUGUUAGAUGCAGAGAAAAGUGUGAGAAUAAGAUUACACUCUGCUCUAAUAGUAAAUAGAAAAGGCAUAGAAAACAAGGCAUUAUAACCCUUUUGUAGAAAAUAGUGUGAUAUUUGUACCAAGAAGACCAGUGAAGAGAAUGAGGUAGAAAUAUUACAGUCAGAGGAAAUAGUAGGAUGGAGAAAUUUUCAGAAAUAACAUGGAAAAGAUAGGUUUUUCAGUGAAAAUAUGAAGGUUUAGCUGGAGAAUAUAGUCAUGCAAUCAGGGAGGGCGUGUAGAGACAUUUCAGUUUCCAGGUACAAGAAAUGUGGGACAGAGGAUCUAACCUAUGUUGUGAGAAUUUGGAAGAUAUAUGCUUGAGACAGAGAAAAAGAAAUUCUGAUUUGUAUAUCUCAGAUCCAAUAUUUGUGAUUCAUCAGCAGUGGGUACAGACUAGAAAUAGAAUUUAGAUCAAGAAGACACUCAAGAGUGCAUAUUCCUAAGAUUUAGUUACUGAUAAAACAGUGAAGACUCAUUUGUCCCUUUGUGCUUUCAUCAAAAAAGGACAAGGAGAAGCAGGAGUAGGGCUUGACACUAUCUCCCUCCCUUCUCCAGAACUCUCUAGAUGUCCCUUCAGAUGAGACUGGGAAGCCUGAGACGCUUUUUGGUCUCACUCCAGGGAUUCUUCCUUUUGUUUUUGUUUCUCAGAUUGCGGUUUAGGUUACUCUUUUAAGGUGCCCAAAUCUGUAUGUGUGUCUCUUCAUAUCUCUGCUACCAGAUUACUCCUCUUCUCUGGCAUCAGCAUCCUUCACCCCUCAAAGCUGUCUGAGCAGGAUCCACAGAGCUCGGCCCUGAUGGGAGUACUGUUGAGACAUUGGAAAGUAGGAAAGAUCAGGAGGUGAGUCUUGAUGAAGUCAGCCAGUAAGAACACUGCCACUGCUUAUUACUCUUAUUGUAUAUAAUUAGUUAAAAAAGUAACAUUUUGCUGUACUUGGAAGAAAAUAGACUCUAUGUUAUUACAUUCUUAUCCUCAUAAUGGAUAAACCCACACUCUUUGCUACUUUUCCCCCCUCGGAGACCACUUCCUCUCUCUCCCCAUGAAGGGACUUAUUCCAUCUCCCUUUCUCCUCAUCUCUUCUUCUUUUUCACCUUCAUCUUUACCUCAAUAUAGAUGUCUAUGUGGCCACUGCCUUGAAUGAGUAAUAGGAUCAGUAAUAGGAAUAGAGCAUGUAGUCUGAGCUAUGCCCACUGAUACAGAAAAGGAUACAGGAAAAAAUAAAGACCAAAGGUAUGUGGAUUGUGUCUCAUGGCCAUUAGAAACAGGACAGAAGUAACUGACUUUGUCUUACUGGGACUGUCCAGCUGGCCAGAGAUGCAGCCAGUUAUUUUUGGGAUUGUCCUUGUCAUGUACCUGGUGGCAGUUCUGGGCAAUGCCCUGUUAGUAAUUGUUGCCCUCUCAGACCCCAAGCUUCAGACUCCCAUGUAUUUCCUGCUCAGCCAGCUCUCCUUUAUUGACAUAUUUCUCACAACCAUCACUGUUCCCCAGAUGCUGGUCCACACACUGUCUGUGAAUAAAACCAUCUCCUUUAACCACUGCAUGCUCCAGCUGUUCUUUUUCAUGGCUGUGGGCAGCAUGGAAGGCCACUUGUUGGCUGCCAUGGCCUAUGACCGCUAUGUUGCCAUCUGUGACCCCUUAAGAUACUCUGCCAUCAUCAGCAACCGCUUCUGUCUACGCAUAACCUUGACCUCAUGGGUAGUUGUCAGCCUCAAUAGCCUCCUUUACAGUGUAUUGGUCACCCAGUUAACCUUCUGUGGCAACAAGGUCACCCACUUCUUCUGUGACAUCACACCACUGCUGAAGCUCUCCUGCACCCGACCAGUGGUCAAUGAAAUGCUAAUAUUCACAGAGGGGGUAGCUGUGGUGGUCAGCCCCUUCUUCUUCAUUUUGGGUUCCUACGCUCGCAUUGGUGUUGCCAUAGCCCGUAUGCACUCAGUUGCUGCCUUGCGCAAAGCUCUGUCCACCUGUAGCUCCCACAUCCUGGUUGUGCUACUCCUGUACGGCUCUGUGAUCCGCAUGUACCUCCGGCCCUCCUCCAGCUAUGACUUGGACCAGGAUCGCCAGGUCGCCAUCUUUUACACGGUAGUUACCCCUAUGGUAAACCCACUGAUCUACAGCCUGAGGAACCAGGAGGUUAAAGGAGCUCUGCGAAGGCUGUCCAGGAAGCUCUGCAUCUCAAUGAACUUCCAGCCUGGUUCCCAGGCCAACCAGGGGUGGCAGCACAUCUCCUGAGCCCCAGAAGUUAAGAUCUAAUUUGAAAAUGCCUCAAAUAGAUGAGCUGCACUCCUAAUAACUGGUACGGCUCACAUUCCUGUGGAAUAAUCUUUCUCAUUGGCUCUGUCUUGUCUGGAUUUGGGAAGAAGUGAGUUUUUUAAAUAAAUAGUUCUUGGCCCCAUUGACUGACCUAGAAUCUCAUCACUUUGGAAAUGAAAAGAUACUUUUAAAUCAUCCAACUUGCACCUCUCAUCAGAUCUGAUACUUUGAUCAUUUUAGUAAUUGUAUGGCAUGUGCUGUUUUCCAAAGAGAAGUCAAAAUGAGUUAUAAUACCAUUGUACAGAAGAGUGAUUUUUCAGUAAACCAAUUUCUUGGGAUUGUAAUAAGUUUAUAGUUUCUCAUUAUUCUUAACUAACAGUGAUCAGUUCAAUACUUAUAGUGACUGAGUUAUUCCAUCUGAGCUUUAUGUGUUUUCAUAAAGGACAGUGUAGUUCACUGAUAACAGAGAGUGGAGGAGUCUUCACAGUGGCUCUAACACCGGGAGGAGGCGGUCAGAUUCAGGACAUAUAUAGUAAGCAGAGCUGUUUAGACCCAUAGAGAGACUAGAUGCAAUAUGUAAGUGAAAAGGAAGAAUUAAGGAUGGAUCAUGAAAAUGAAUGGAAUAAUUAUUUAUAUGUGGAAAGUUCUGUGGAAGUAGAAGGCACAUAGAUAUAGUGGGGGGACAAAAUCAAUAACUUGUUUUGGCCAUGUUAAUUUUUUGAUAUCUGUCGAA